GGGGCCUCUUGUUGAGCUUCACAAUCACUUGCAUAGCAACUAUACAUAUUUGAGGGCCACAUUUUAUGUCACAAGUUUGUGCCCAAACCAUCUUUGGAUUGAGCGCAGUGCAACGCAACGCCACACGCAUGCUUGCCCCUCGCACAGCUGCUGUAUUUGGAUGACUGACUGAGCGAGGGCUGGGUGAAUACGUCCCAUCAUGCAGUGCGGGCCAAUUCUUCCUCACCCCCGCAGUGAGUAAGCCAGGAGGAGACUCUCAUCCAAGGAUCGCACUAAUGGCGGCCGGCAAAUCCGUGCGCUGACAUCAAAUCCAUAAUAGAGCGCCGCCUCUAUAAACACCCACUGAGACAUCUCAGUGUAGGGUUCUAGUAGUGUCGCUUAUCAAGGACCGUUUCAGUGGGACGCGAAGUACUGGGUGAAAUUGUCCAGUUACUUCAACUGAGACUUUCCAGUUUAGAAAAAUGGAUGAACACCCCGGCGGAGGAGGAGUAGGAAUGGCCGCCCCAAGACAGCAGCAAGCCCAGCAGCAGGGGAAUAACAACGUUAAUCCUCAACUCGGUGGAGGGGGUGGUGGUAUGAUGGUCCAGCAACAACAAGAUGAGAUGCCUCGGCCUCAGCAAUAUACAAUCCCCGGGAUUUUACAUUAUAUUCAACACGAAUGGGCCCGUUUCGAGAUGGAAAGGGCUCAUUGGGAAGUGGAGAGGGCCGAGCUUCAGGCUCGAAUAGCAUUCCUCCAAGGAGAAAGGAAGGGCCAGGAGAACCUGAAGAAUGACCUGGUCAGAAGAAUAAAGAUGUUAGAGUAUGCGCUAAAGCAGGAGAGAGCGAAGUACCAUAAAUUAAAAUACGGCACGGAACUCAAUCAAGGUGAAAUGAAGAUGCCCAGCUUUGAAUCAGAUACCAAAGACACAGAGGUCCCCGCUGUCCCUCAGAACAGCCAGUUGACGUGGAAACAAGGCAGACAGCUCCUCAGACAGUACCUCCAGGAGGUAGGCUACACGGACACGAUACUGGACGUGCGGACGCAGCGGGUGCGCUCCUUACUGGGCCUGUCGGGCUCGGAGCAGAACGGCUCCGUGGAGAGCAAGAACCUAGAGCAGAUCCUCAACGGAGGGGAGUCUCCCGCCAAGAGAAAGGGACAGGACAUGAAGAGGAAUCCUGGCGACGUUCUGGAAACGUUUAACUUCCUCGAGAACGCUGACGACAGCGAUGAGGACGAUGAUGAGGAAGGAGACAUGAUGGAGGACAUCUCGGACCGCGACAAGCACAGAAUAAAGAAACACAAAAUAAAGGUGGGUAAUGAGGGCCUAGCGUCCGAUCUGCCAGAUGACCCGGACACUGAGGAGGCGCUGAAGGAGUUUGACUUCCUGGUGAAUGCGGAGGACGGAGAGGGGGCCGGGGAGGCCCGCAGCUCAGGAGACGGCACAGAAUGGGCCGAGCCCUUGCCGUUCCCGUCCGGAGGGGGCAAGUCCUUCCUGCUGGGUGCGGAGGACGGCCUGGAGAGCAUGCUGGGCCUGGGGGACCUGGCAGACCUCACCGUGGCCAACGACGAGGCCGAAUACAGCUAUGAUCUCCCAACCAACAAGGACGCGUUCCGGAAGACGUGGAACCCCAAGUACACGUUGCGGAGCCACUUUGACGGGGUGCGGGCGCUGGCCUUCCACCCCGUGGAGCCCGUGCUGGUCACCGUCUCCGAAGACCACACGCUCAAGCUCUGGAACCUGCAGAAGACCGUCCCCGCCAAAAAAAGUGCCUCUCUGGAUGUGGAGCCCAUCUACACCUUCAGAGCCCAUGUUGGGCCUGUUCUGUCCUUGGCUGUGAGCUCCAGUGGAGAGCACUGUUUCAGCGGUGGCAUCGACUCCACCAUCCAGUGGUGGAACAUGCCCAGCUCCAACGUGGACCCCUAUGACACCUACGACCCCAGUGUCCUGGCGGGUUCUCUGCUGGGCCACACGGAUGCAGUGUGGGGCCUGGCCUACAGCGGCAUCAAGAACCGGCUGCUCUCCUGCUCGGCCGACGGAACCAUCCGGCUCUGGAACCCCACGGAGAAAGCCUCCUGCCUCACCACCUACAACGUAGAGAAAGAGCACGGUAUCCCCACGGCGGUGGACUUCACGGGCUGUGACCCGGCCCACAUUGUGGCCUCCUUCAACACGGGCAGCACGGUGGUGUACGACCUGGAGACCUCCCAGCCCAUCGUGGUCUUCCCCGCCCAGGGAGAGAGCACUCUACCUUGUGGUAACCACAUCAACAAGGUGGUGAGCCACCCCACGCUACCCAUCACAGUCACAGCACACGAGGACAGACACAUCAAGUUCUUCGACAACAAGUCGGGGAAACUCAUCCACGCCAUGGUGGCCCACUUAGAUGCAGUCACCUGCCUGGCUGUGGAUCCCAACGGCAUCUACCUGAUGUCAGGAAGUCAUGACAGCUCGGUGCGGCUGUGGAACCUGGACAGUAAGACGUGCGUGCAGGAGAUCACUGCACACCGGAAGAAGUCCGACGAGAGCAUCUACGAUGUGGCCUUCCACCCGUCCAAGGCCUUCAUCGCCAGUGCCGGGGCAGACGCACUCGCCAAAGUAUUCGUCUAGAGCCCCCCCUCCCCCUCUCCACCUGGGCCUGCCUGAGAGAGACCUGAAGCGCAUAUACACUGACACACACACACACACACACAGACACACAGACACACAGACACACACAAAUGCACAUGCGCACACAUUUAACACAGAGAGACUGAGGUGAGAAACAAGUGACUGCUUCACUGCCUUGUGUUAAACGGUAGCAUCCCCUGACCUGAACUACACUACAAAAAAACAAAGGCUCCUGCUCCCGCUCCUGCAGCCUGCCCUGGCAGAGGUGACACUCGCAAAGGACCGUCAGGAGCGAGCCUCUCAAGCAGGAAGUGUGUGUGUGGGGGGGGGGGGGUCCAUGACGACCCCCCCUCACCCUUAUCAAUCCACCCACCACCCUCCCCUGCACCUACUUCUCCUCUUCUCCAGUUUGGUCGGAUUAAAACACACAAACGAACAUCCUCCCAGAACUGGCAAGGGAAAAAUCACUGACAAACGAAAAAUAACAACAAAAAAAGUAUUGUUUUAAAACUGUAAUUUACUGUAAGUUGCAGAUGGGAAGGGUUGGUUAAAAAAAGACAAAUAUUACAAACUUCCGCUUAUGUAGCCUUUUUCGAGUUUUUGUGGAAGCCGGGCUCGUGCUCAGCCUGAGCUGAAGUCAGUUUCUGUUAGAGGCGCAACAACCGUGAAGUGGUUCUUGAAAUCAUGUGCAUCGAGUAGGUCAUUUUUUUGGACCUUAGAAACUCCCAUCUGACCCCCCCUCUACUUUCCCCCAUACUGGGUGUUCAGUUUUCUCUCCCAGUCUCUUCCUUGACCCCACCUCCUCCUCCUCCUCCUCCUCCUCCUCCUCCUCCACCUCCACCCCCUCUUCUUGCGACUGUCGUAGCAUAGAAAGUGAGGGGGAGGGAGAGAAAAACCAAGAGAGUAGAUCCCUAAAACCUCCUCCGUUCAAUCAGCCAGUACCUUAGCUAUUAGUUUCAUGACAUUUUGUGUAAAGAAAAAAAGAAAUGAUAAAGUAUAUAUAAAUAUAUAUAUAUAUAGUUUUUAUAAUCCUUUUUCUAUAAUAAUAAAGACUGCCAUAUCAGCACUGAACAUUUUCAGUUUUUAAAACAAUUGGGCAGAAAGGAGCAUUUUGACCAUUUAUCCUUCCCCCAUCCCCAUCCCUAGGCCAUCUUCCAGCUUCUGCUGUCCCUUUCUCCCCCACCCCCACCCCCUACUAGUGAGGGGAGGAUGGGAUGGGUCCCUGGCUGACUUUGGAGUGGAUGUGGGCUGAGCCUCCAUGACUCUCCAUCUCCUUCACUGUCGGGACUGUGUCCCCUGAUACAUAUUUUUGUGUCCAGCCCCUACUGUAACCCCCUCAUCUCAUCCUUAGCAUCCCCCUCCCCACCCCACCCCCCAACUGCAGGGCAAGAGAUGCACCCACAAACUCCUGGCCUCUGGAAGAGCUCUUAAAAAGACAUAAAAUUACAAAAAAAAAAACUUUAAAAAAAGAUUAUAAAAGUUAACUGCAGCAUCCUAUCACUAUGUGAUAUUUUUGUACACCUUCUGUAUUAGAGUUAAUUUAUCACAGGGUUAGGCAUCUUUGAGGUAAAAGGCGAAGAAGCAGAAGAAGAAAAAGAAAAACGCUAUCCGUGUAUUUAUUUCACAGUUGGGUUAGUCUUAUUCUGUAUUUCAAGGAAGAGCGCCCUCUAAAGGAUGAUCCUUGACAUGGCGCCUCCUCACAGAACAGCAGGAACAGCGGCUGUUCACUAGAAGACGACGACACAGAAAAACCUCAUGUUACUACAAAUCAGUGCUUUGAAGCAGACGGAGGAACUUUUUAUUUUUUGGGAUAUUUUCAGUUUUUGUUUUUCCUUCAUUUAUUUUGUUUUUCUUUUAAAUUGAAGGGAUUUGGUGUGGCAAACAUUAAAGAUGAAUCAAGGUUCAAAAGCAUCUUUUUGUUUGAUUACACUUUUCCCUACUUUUAUCAUGUACAACCAUUUUAUUUUGAAACAUGCUACAAUUUAUGGUGUAACUAAAAGAUUUUUUUUUGUUUGUGUAAUGCAUGAUUAAUACAAUAAAGUAUUUUUUCUAGUCUUCCAAAAGGAAAAAAAAAGUUCUGAUCAGUUUGCGAGUUUUGAUGAGUUUUGUAAGGUUUUUGAUUUACAAACUAUGAAUCAGCAGAUUUUAAAGAUUGUACCACAUAGCAAAAUACCGCUGUUGAAAAGUAAUGUAUAUAAAAUGUCUAUAAUAAAUAUUAAAUGGUGUACCUGUACAUACA